AUGCAAGGCUUUGCUGUACAGUUAAACUGUGCAUGUGAUCCACCUCAGGUUCCCAGGUGUUCCUGUUCACAUCCGCUGCAUACGUUACCUAACCCUCGAAAACGUUGCACAGAUAGCUGUCUGUCUAGUUGUCAAGAAAAAUGUGAAGCUGAUAUCUAUUUACGUAAACACUGUCCUAAGGUUUGUACACUAUCUUGUUCAGAAGCUUGUGGAACAGUCGCCGAUGAUUUUUCACUGAACAAUUUGAGUUCAUCAACAUACAACAGUCCAUCAGUUCGAAUUGCCAAAGCUCAGGAUAUCAAUUUUAUUCCUGUGGUAAAUGAAUCCGCUGGGAUAACAACUGAUACGGUACUGCUAACAACUUCUUCCACACCAGUCAUUCAGAAUUUUGUGGAACAUGUGGAAAAAAAGAAUGAGCUAAAAGUUGGUCAAAUGAAAACACAAAAAGCAGCUGACGAGGACAGUGCUGUGCAGCAGUUGAUAUCCAUAGCUCCACAAAUUGGUAAAGCGCUGCUUCUGACGGCUGAAGAGCAACUAGAACGUAUAAUGAGCCGUGCUUUUGGUAAAUGGAAUGAAUCAAAAUUAACACUAACACCUCAACAACGUCGAGAUGCUGAAAAAGUAUUUAAAGCAAUAGAUAGUGUCGGAGAAUUACGAAGUCUUAUCUUGGAUCCUCACACAGCGUCAAAUCAACGCAGUAAUCAUUCACUAAAUACCGUUGCGACUACCACUACGGAGUCAAUGCCCGAAACGCAACCGCCCCCGUUAACAUUACCGACUGGAGGUUCAGUUAUUCGCCAAAGCUACUCCAGUUAUGGUAGGUACGCAAAACAUCCAGAUGCUGUGGAUUCAAGCAAAAAUUCAAUAAGUCGUGCGGAAAAAACACUCCCGCAUGUACUACCAACGUAUUCGUUACCGACAAGUAGUACAGUAAACAAGACACUAGAAAAGAGCACCGAGGAAGAAGCUUCCAAAUGCAGGGCACCAUGCGAAAGUUCCUGUAGACCACAGUGCGUUACGCAAGGAAUCCCGUUAACGCGUUGUAUUCUGUACUGCGCUACUGCAUGUAUGGAAACAUGUAGGAUUAAAGGAUUCCAUUAA